CCCAGCUCGACACAAGCAAGCAUCGGCCUCUGACGCAGCUCCGUUCAGCUCAUUACCCGGGAAGUAGGCUAUGGCUAAAGGCGGGGCCUGCACAAGUGUUUGUGCCUCGAGCUUGGUGGUAGGUAUGACCAAAAUUAGGACUUGCUCAAGCGUGAACACAGAACAUUGUAGCAGCAUACUUCCAACAUAAACAGCCUGGUACUAAUCAUGAGUACGAAACACUUCUUUCCGCAAACCGAAGGCGUCGUUGUCCAGGGUUUGGACUCUCUCGUGGCCAGAAAUAACCACCUAGCUCUCGAUGCCCCGAACAAAGUCGUAUACUCCAAAACACAUUCACCCAGCAAGGUCAGCAUUGUUUCGGGCGGAGGAAGUGGGCAUGAGCCGAGCUGGUCGGGAUAUGUAGGAGAUGGCAUGUUAGCAGCAGCUGUCAAUGGCGAGGUGUUUGCGAGCCCGUCUACGAAGCAAGUUAUGGCAGCUAUCAAGCAUGUACCCUCGGACGCUGGGAUAAUACUAUGUAUAACCAACUAUACGGGCGACAAUCUACACUUCGGUCUGGCUAGAGAAAAGGCAGCGGGCAUGGGCUACAAGAUUGGCGUCCUACGCAUGACAGACGACGUCGCUCUGGGGAGGAAGCAGACACAGAACUUGGGCCGAAGAGGUCUAGCAGCGAACAUGUUCGUACUGAAACUCUGCGGAAGUGCUGCUGAAUUUGGCUAUAGCUUUGAUCAAUGUAUGAAGAUUGGCUACGCCGUCAACGCCAACGCUGUCACUGUUGGAUCUUCACUCGAUCACUGCCAUAUUCCAGGACGAGAGCAUCAUCGUUCGAUUCCGGACGACGUGGUUGUACUGGGUAUGGGCAUUCACAACGAGCCGGGUCUUCACGAGAUAUCGCCAAUGCCAAAAGUGGAAGAUCUGGUCAAAGAUAUGCUGAAAUACUGUCUGGAUCCGAGCGAUGAGGAUCGAGCUUUUGUUGAGUUCAAGCCAGACGAUGUUGUACUACUGUUGAUCAACAAUUUCGGAGGAAUUUCGAAUUUCGAGCUCGAAGCCUUGACCAGUGUAACACGCAAAGUCCUGGAACGAGACUGGAAAAUCGUACCCCAACGAAUCUACGCGCAGCCAUUUGAGACAUCGCUCAAUGCCCCUGGCUGGUCGAUCAGUCUGCUUAACGUAUCUGGCAUCGAGCGAGAUGCCAACACCUCCGUACACACACUGCUACAUCUCCUCGACUCCGACACACACGCUCCAGCCUGGCCGAGAAAUGGGUAUAGAUAUAUCAAGGAAACAAAGGAGACAGCCAAGAUUGCAGAAGCUGCUGCUGCAGAAGACCACCAGCAAAAAGGUCCAAAGAUCGAUUCCACUCUCCUUGAAAACUCCCUUCGAAAUGCAUGCAACGUGGCAAUCAAAGCAGAGCCAGACAUCACAAAAUGGGACAUUCAAAUGGGAGACGGUGAUUGCGGUGAAGCAGUUGUGGGAAUGUGUCAAGGAGUUCUACGCAAGCUCGACGAAGGUCUGGCAAAGCAAGGCUCUUUCUUCCAUAUACUGGACCAGGUGGGCGAAGCCGUCGAAGAGAUUGGAGGCACACUGGGUGCGAUCAUCAGUAUCAUUCUUGCGUCUUUCACUACUAGCUUGCGACAGGCUUAUGCCAAGGAAGAGAGUGGCUUCACAUUGGAUGCACAGACUGCAGGACGAGCUGCAGGCGCCGCAUUAGAGAAUUUGCAGUCGUAUACAAGUGCUCGACAAGGUGGGAGAACGGUGAUGGAUACCUUGAUACCCUUCUGCCAAUCUUUGGAGAAGGAAGCCAAUUUCCAAAAGGCUGUAGAAGAAGCGGAAGCUGGCGCAGAGAGCACAUCGGGCAUGAAAGCCAAAUUCGGAAGAGCUACGUAUGUCGGCGACCAAGCGGAAGCUCAGCAAGAUACGCCACCGGAUCCGGGUGCCAAAGCAGCGGCAUUUUUCCUUCGAGGACUACUGGACGGUCUGAACAAGUGAUCGGUGGUGCUUGGUUGCCAAGUUCGAAUCAACAAUUAAAAACCACAAUGAAUGUUCUGUGUUGCAGCAUCUCGCGUCUUUCCAGACCAACCUUACUGAACCCGGAGUAUGCAGCGACAUUUACGGAUCCGAUCGGCUCCGACGAAUACCAUCCGUGUAGUAUAAAACGCAGGGCACAUAUUCCACGC